UACCACUCUUCACUCAUCUCCCAUUUGAUUAUUCUCUUCCCACUCUCUAAGUUGUUUUACUUCUUCCACUCUUAUAUCUUUUCACAAAGCGCCCAAGCAACAAACUCUUGCACUCACACGCAUGUGGAAAAAAGGACACAUUGAAGCUUACUAGUUAGUCCAACAUUCUGAUGCAACCGUGCAAGCUUGUUUGUUUUCUUUGUCUUAACAAAGCAACCCCGUUGAACCUUUUUUGCCCUUUAACUCUAUCCUUAAGCCACGUUUAGCAUUUGCUUUAAGAUAACUGUCUCACGAAAACUUGUCUUGUGCUUGUGCCUUUAAAUAUAUAUAAUAAGCUCAUUUUGCACUAAUAAUCCCAGAAAAGACAAUGAGAGAGACACGUGUUCUGCUGGUUUUGCUUUGGUUCUUCUGUUCUUAUGCCCCUUCUUCGUUUUGUGCAAAUGUCACGUACGACCAUAGAGCAUUGGUCAUCGAUGGCAAGCGCCGAGUCUUGCUUUCUGGUUCUAUUCAUUACCCUCGUAGCACUCCUGAGAUGUGGCCAGACCUCAUUCAGAAAUCCAAAGAUGGAGGACUUGAUGUCAUUGAGACUUAUGUGUUCUGGAACUUACACGAACCAGUUCGAGGCCAGUAUACCUUUGAAGGUAGGGCUGAUUUGGUCAAAUUUGUGAAGGCAGUAGCAGCUGCAGGACUAUAUGUUCAUCUGCGGAUUGGUCCAUAUGCAUGUGCUGAAUGGAACUACGGUGGUUUUCCUCUUUGGCUGCAUUUUAUUCCGGGAAUUCAGUUCCGAACCGAUAAUGAACCAUUCAAGGCUGAGAUGAAGCGGUUCACGGCUAAGAUCGUGGAUAUGAUGAAACAACAGAACCUCUAUGCGUCACAAGGAGGGCCUAUUAUCUUGUCUCAGGUGGAAAAUGAGUAUGGGAACAUUGAUGCAGCUUAUGGUCCUGCUGCUAAAUCCUACAUCAAUUGGGCAGCAUCAAUGGCAACAUCUCUUGAUACAGGGGUUCCUUGGGUUAUGUGCCAACAGGCAGAUGCUCCUGAUCCAAUUAUUAACACGUGCAAUGGAUUUUACUGCGAUCAAUUCACACCAAACUCUAAUGCAAAACCAAAAAUGUGGACUGAGAAUUGGAGCGGAUGGUUUCUUUCAUUUGGUGGUGCUGUGCCUUACAGACCAGCGGAAGAUCUUGCUUUUGCUGUGGCACGCUUUUACCAGCGCGGUGGAACUUUUCAAAAUUAUUAUAUGUACCAUGGAGGGACUAAUUUUGACCGGAGUACUGGUGGACCUUUUAUUUCCACUAGUUAUGAUUAUGACUCACCAAUUGAUGAGUAUGGGAUUAUUAGACAGCCUAAGUGGGGCCACCUUAAAGAUUUGCAUAAAGCCAUAAAGCUUUGCGAAGAAGCACUGAUAGCAACUGAUCCAACAAUUACAACUCCUGGACCAAAUAUAGAGGUUGCAGUUUACAAGACAGGAACUGUAUGUGCAGCCUUCCUUGCCAACAUUGCCACAUCUGAUGCAACAGUGACGUUUAACGGAAAUUCAUAUCAAUUGCCUGCAUGGUCUGUAAGCAUCUUACCGGACUGCAAGAAUGUAGUGCUUAAUACUGCAAAGAUUAAUUCUGCAUCUACGACUUCAAGCUUCACAACUGAAUCCUUAAAACAAGAGGUUGGUUCUUUGGAGGAUUCUAUCUCAGGAUGGAGUUGGAUUAGUGAACCUGUCGGUAUUUCAAAGGCUGAUUCAUUCACAAAAUAUGGAUUACUGGAGCAAAUAAAUACAACUGCCGAUAGAAGUGAUUACUUGUGGUACUCAUUAAGCAUUAAUAUUGAAGAUGAUGCUGGUCCUCAACCUGUGCUUCACAUUGAAUCCCUUGGUCAUGCACUUCAUGCUUUCAUAAAUGGGAAGCUUGCAGGGAGUGGAACUGGCAACAGUGGCAAAGCUAAGGUCAGCGCAGACAUCCCCAUCCCUUUAGUGGUUGGGAAGAAUACAAUUGAUCUCCUGAGUUUAACUGUGGGACUUCAGAACUAUGGAGCUUUUUUUGACACAUGGGGUGCGGGGAUCACUGGUCCAGUGAUAUUGAGAGGUUUGAAGAAUGGAAGCACUAUUGAUCUCUCCUCCCAGGAGUGGACAUAUCAGGUUGGCCUUAAACAUGAAGAUUUAGGCCCAUCUAGUGGCAGUUCUGGACAGUGGAAUUCGAAAUCUACCUUACCAACAAAUCAACCGUUGACUUGGUACAAGACAAACUUCGCUACUCCCUCUGGCAGUAUUCCAGUUGCAAUUGACUUCACGGGGAUGGGAAAAGGUGAGGCUUGGGUGAAUGGACAGAGCAUUGGACGAUACUGGCCUACAUAUAUCUCUCCAAAAGGUGGUUGUACUGACUCAUGCAAUUAUAGAGGGGCCUAUAGUUCAUCCAAAUGUCUUAAGAACUGUGGAAAACCAUCACAGACAUUAUACCAUGUACCGCGAUCAUGGUUACGACCAGAUAGCAACACACUUGUAUUGUUUGAGGAAAAUGGAGGCAACCCUACACCAAUCUCUUUUGCUACAAAACAGAUAGAAAGCCUGUGUUCACAUGUAUCUGAAUCUCACCCGCCACCUGUAGACUCAUGGGAUUCAGAUACAAAAUCAGGAAGAAAGGUAGGGCCUGUACUGUCACUGGAGUGCCCUUAUCCUAAUCAGGUAAUCUCUUCCAUUAAGUUUGCAAGUUUUGGAACGCCUCAAGGGACUUGUGGGAACUUCAAACAUGGACGCUGCACAAGUAAUAAGGCUCUAUCCAUUGUGCAUAAGGCCUGCAUAGGAUCAAGCAAUUGUAGAAUUGAAGUAUCAAUUAAUUCAUUCGGAGAUCCAUGUAAAGGAGUAGUAAAGAGUUUAGCUGUUGAAGCUUCUUGUGCAUAGACAUGUUGCUUCGAGCUAUCCCAAUUUCUAGCUGACUCGUUAUUGAAGAUGAUCACUGGUUAGCCAAUGUAAAGUGAUAUUCUGGUAGUAAGCCAGGAAAAAAUGUCAAUAAAAACAGCUUAUUUUUACUUGAUAAAAAAGAAAAGUCUCACUUAUGCAUGA